AUGAAGAAGUUACCUUCAAAUAUUAGAACAAUUUUCCCAGCAUUGGCCUCUAAUCUCAAUGAUAUAGACAUUGGAGAAGCAGGCCAUGAAGAUAUACAGACACUGAAAUCGAAAAGAAAGCGUAUGUGGCUUAUCGGAGCUCUCAGUUUCAUGGCAAUGGAAGAUCUCACUGAAAAAGUAAAAGAAACGGAAAAGCGGAACCGGCUUUUGUCCACUGAAACCACCAUGUUUGAGAAAUAUCUGGAAGACAAGUUGCAUGCCAGUGGUAGUGGUGCUAGCGAUGAUUCAAGUUCUGUUUUUGGUUCGCAGACAGUAGCAAAAUCUCAACCAACAUCACCGGCACCAUUUACCCAAGGUAUUAUCGGUGUAGCUAGGAAAGUGAGCACUUUGACCACAGAGCAGAAACUACUGGUUGCUCGAUAUUACAUCAUGGCUUUGAAAGAAGAAUUAAAAUUGUCGAAAAGAACAUCACAGCAUUUUAUCGCUUUGAACCUUGCUUUGAUUGAAAACUACAAUGAGACUUUAGCUGAAAUUCCGUUAGAGAGACGAGAACUGGAAAUGGAAUUCGGUAGUUUGGUUAAACAGAAUGGCAAAAUUUCUUUUCUGCGUAAAUGGCAAAAAUACGUCGCCACGAAGGAUACAAAGCGAGAAAGUUUAAUUUGCUUAAUAAAACUACGAAAUAUUAGUCUUGUAAAUAAAAUUAAAAAACAAAUAAUGAUUAAAAAAUAUCGAGACGAAGUCGAUCCUAUUGAAUUUUAUAGCAAAUGGACGGAAAAAAAGACACUUAUUGAAGAAAUUCAUAGUCUUAACAAACAAAAGUCCCGUCUAAGAAGAGCUCUUGUACCCAUUGAAAGAUACACUUACGAAAAAAAGCAAGAGCUAGAAAAGGACGUGAAGCAAGGUGAAGAAUUUCGUCAGAAAAUUCUGCGAGAAAGCCACAGUUUGGCCUACCUAUUAAACAAACAGCGAAAUGAUGAAAUUGGAGAGACAUUUGAAAAGGCUAAAAACGAAAGAUUGAGAGAGCUUUUUGAGAACUACCGAGUACCAUCCAUCUUGGAAUACAUUGUUUUAGUAAAAGACAAUAAAGAAUGGAGAGAACUUAUUGAGAAAUGGAAACAGAAGGUGAGAGUGGCAGAAAUGGUGUACAAAGGCAACGUGAAAAAGUGGAAUAGCAUUGUUCUGGAUGAUAGGAAAUAUAAGCUUAAAAUAUAA